GUACCGGAAACGUGCACUGAAAUUAAUUAGACUUCAUGCAAACAAAACUAGGGUGAUAUUUCAGUUGGUAAUAAUAGUGCUUUCAAGAACCAGUCUCUGUAAACUUCAAAAUAAAUCGUCUGCGAUGAAGUUUGAUAAACUACCGCCAGUAGCAGACGACAAUGGUCACGUGAGAAGCAUCAAUGGAGACAUCCGGUGUGAACCAGACCCGGACACACAAUGUGGUUUUGGUUCUUUCCGCCCACAAUUCUUGCAGGUUUUUGCAAGAAUCGGCGCGUUUAUUGGUGUAUACAGUAUUUCCGGUCUUCUCACCUCAACUUUGACUGUUUACGUCAAUUCUCAGGUUUCAAUGUUAGAGAAGCAGUUUGGAUUCAGUAGUGCGGAGACUGGUCUCCUAAUGAGCUGUAAUGAUAUAGGCUUCCUGACAUGUGUUGUCUUUGCUGGAUACAUCGCUAGAAAGGUACAUAUUCCUAGAGGGUUGGGUAUCAGCACUAUUUUGUUUGGCGUAUGUGGAAUAAUGUGUGCACUGCCGUACUUUUUACAAGACCAUUCUUCAUACGAUAUUGAAAGUAGAUCAAGUAAUAUCGGAAUGUCAAACGUGUCGGUUGUAAGAGCUGCAGGCGGCCGGAAGGUGCCUCUAUGUCAGAACGAGACUAUGAACGCCGACGGAAGUUGUAACGCGGCUGAAGGAAGUGCGCAAGCCACGGCGAACAUGGAACAACUACAUAUCAAAAAAGUUGCCUACUGUCUCAUUGCUGUAGGGAUGGUAUUUCAAGGCGUCGGAAAAUCUGUCCGUUAUCCAUUUGUUACCUUAUAUGUGGAUGACGCUGUCGACAAACGAAAAACUGGUUUUUACAUGGGAAUUUUGACUGGUACCGGAAUAUUUGGUCCGGCACUUGCUUAUCUGCUGGGUGGCCUCUUUAGUAAAAUAUAUGUCACGCUUGAACCGGUCAGUAUCACACCCACUGAUCCACGAUGGAUAGGGGCGUGGUGGCUGGGGUUUCUUGUGUUCGGGUCAUUUGCAAUACUAUUCAGUGUUCCAAUUAUGUGUUUCCCUCGUAAGCUAAGAAGUAAAAGCCGAAUGAAAGAUUUAGAAAUAUCGGAGAAACAGAUGAAGCCAGCUGCAAAAAGGAGUGCGUCCAAAACAUUGAAGCAUGAACUGAAAGAAUUUGGACAAACAGUCGGGCGUGUUUUACGUAACCCUGUGUACAUGGUCAUAACCAUAUCGUCCUGUAUUAACAUAAUAGGAGUGGCUGGAGUUUUAUCAUUCAUGCCGAAAUAUCUUGCUGCACAAUACACGAUCCCGUUAUGGCAGGCGAACAUUAUACUUGCUCUAAGUUCAAUAUCGGCUGUGGCGCUGGGUUCUUUUCUCGGAGGUGUGAUGUCACGUAAAAUUGAGAUGACCCCACAGACUACAUUAAAAUUAUUGAUAUUUUUCUAUCUGUUAAAUUUUAUAUGUAUGUGCAGUGGGUUCCUUCUCGGAUGUGAUCAGCCAGCUUUGGUUGGAGAUAAUGGCAAAAGUGAGUUGUCCCCCUUGUUCACACCUGUUGAAUCGUGCGUACAAGGUUGUGUCUGCGACGACGAGAAAUAUUUCCCAGUUUGCGGCGAUGAUGGACGGUCGUAUUUUAGCCCUUGCCAUGCCGGGUGCACGGUGAAAGAUGUUACGACAUUUAUGAACUGCUCGUGUAUAAGCACGGGUCAGGCUACAGCUGGACUCUGUGAUCAAGGGUGCUCGUCUAAGUUGUACACUUACGCUGCCUUCACGUUUGUUGGAAAACUUUUCACAGCCUUCAAGAUUAUACCUACAUUUUUGGCAAAAAUUAGAUGCGUUGAGGAAAGGGACAGAGCAGCUGCUUCAGCAUUUUCCGGAUUUUUAGUUUCUGCUCUAGGUUGGAUGCCGGGCCCUGUUAUAUUUGGAAGGAUUAUUGACGGAACUUGUUCACUGUGGAAAUACACGUGCGGGGAACGCCAGUCUUGUCUACUUUACGACAUCGUAUUUUUCCGUAAUGCUGUUCACGGAUACGGGACAAUAGCGACAUCCGUCGCCAUGGGUAUCGUCAUUAUGUUGUAUAUCUAUUUCCGUGUUAAAGGAGUCACGAAAUGGCGGGAGGACGAAAAGAAACCGGAAGUAGAAAACACAAUUAGUGUUGGAAAUGAACAAAAUGGAAAGAUAUACAAACCAAUGGAGAAAACAGAUGAUUGAAAGUAAUACAAGAAAAAAACAAUCAGCAAUUUAUUUGUUCUAACUUCCGUGUUUUAAAGCUGUUACAAUGGACAGUGUCCGAGACUACAUCCUAUUACAUCACGGUCGUUCGUAAUAAAGGACGCUUUCGUUCAAUAAACUUUGACCAUU